AUGACCGCCGAGAGCCGGCUGCCGCCUGGCCCCCCGCCGCUGCCGCCGCUGCCGCCGCUGCCCCCGCCGCUGAAGGCGGACGCUGCGCCGCCGGGGCAGGAGGCGGCGGCGGCGGCGGCGGCGUUAGGGGCGCGGGGCGGCCGGGGGCGGCGCAAGCGCCCUGCUGAGCGGGGCAAACCGCCCUACAGCUACAUCGCCCUCAUCGCUAUGGCCAUCGGGCAAGCGCCCGAGCGGCGACUGACGCUGGGAGGCAUCUAUCGCUUCAUCACCGAGCGCUUCCCUUUCUACCGCGACAGUCCCCGCAAGUGGCAGAACAGCAUCCGUCACAACCUCACCCUCAACGACUGCUUCGUCAAGGUGCCGCGGGAGCCCGGCCGCCCUGGCAAGGGCAACUACUGGACGCUGGACCCUCACGCCCGCGACAUGUUCGAGAGCGGCUCCUUCCUCCGUCGCAGGAAGCGCUUCAAGCGCAGCGAUCUCUCCACCUACCCGGCCUUCCUCGCCGACCGUCCCGACGAGCCCUGCCCCCUCUUCCCGCUGCCCGCCCCGCCGCCCGCCGCCGACCUGCCCCCGGCACCCGCCGCUGCCUCCUGUUCCUUCGCCGCCGCCGCCGUUGCCUUCCCCGCGCAGAGCUGCGCCGCCGCCCUGCCGCACGGUUACGCACCGCUGCCCCCCGGCCCCGCGCCCUACGCGCCGGGCGGCCCCGGUCAGCUGUACGCGCCGUCGGGGCGCAUCGUGCUGCCCGCCUCGCCGCCAGCCCCCGCAGGGCUCUACGGCCGCCGCUCUCCCGUGCCGUACCCGCAGCUGCCACAGGUCUACGGCACCGGCGGACAGCUGGGCGCUGCCGAUCCCGGGCCGCUGCACGGAGCCUACCCCGGCGGCCACGACAGGUUCGUCCCCCCGCUCUGACGCAGCGCCGGAGAGGCCGGGCGGCCCGACGGCGGGGACCGGAGCCCGGCAGACAGCCGGCUGCGGGGUUCGCCCGGCGCUACUGGACCCGCGGCCGUCCGGGAAGAUGCUGGAGGACUUUGUUCUGCGGCUCUGCCUCAUGCCACCUGCCCGAGACUGCCGGCGAAGAGCGCUGCCGCCAGCCGUGCGGACCUGCGGGACCCUGCUCAGCCCUGUCUGCUCUCUCCAGAGAAGCCCUAGGGGCUCCCAAGUGCCUGGAUGGGGCAAACAGCCCUUUCCUUUUCUACUGCCUUUUCUGGGGCAGGUGCCCACUGCUUCCUGACAGGUUCUCACCCUUCCAGCACACCCAGCUGGGCUCCCUGGUCUGUCCAAGAUGAUCUCACUUUUAACAGCCUCCUCGCUGUUAAUGAUUUUAUUUACAGAGCUAAAUGUCUGCUAUGGUAGGGGACGAGGGAGGCAGGAGGAAGCAUUCCCCAGCCUCUCAUAGCCAGAGUUGUAAAGGUGGGACGUGUGGCAUAACGCGGUGGCUUGUCCCUGAUGGUGCGCAGGGCUAUUGUGGUAAUGCCCGGCUUUGCACCAACAACGAACAGGAGCAGGGCUGGGAAAGAUUUGGGUGCUGGGGUUGCAGCCAAACACAGGAAGUAAAAUCCUGACGGGAGUCAUGCUCUGUGCUGCAGCGGUGGGACAAUGUGGGAUUGGAAGCAUAAAAGCUUUUACCAUGAGCAUGUUCAGCCCCUGGAAGAGGGACCCAGUGAGGUCCUGGGCUCUCUGUCCUUCAGGGUCUUCCCAACUUGAUUGCACAGAGCCUGAGUGACUUGACCUGUCUUUGGAGUUGGAUCUAGCAUUGAACUUGGACCUGCUUUGAGUGGAGACUAGUCCAGAGGUCUGUCGAGGUCUGUAUAUCCCAAAUUACUUUGAUCUUAAGGUCAUCAUAGCUCUGUCUGUGACCUAGAAGAAAUCAGCACCCGGGGGGAAACUCUUCCUUCCUGAAAUGAGUGAGAGAGGCAGGACAUGGUGCCUUUUUAUCUUUGGUUGCUCCCUUGUUAAGGGAUAGCUGGAAAAAAGGCUAGAGGAAAACACGGAGAGGGGACAACUAAUAGCAACAGCUGUUAAGGGCUUGAAAACAGAUCCAUGGGGAAACCCAUGAAAAUCCCUCUCAACAGAUCCUGCCACCCCAGAAAGGUUCCCGGUGACAUGGUGCGUGCCCUGGGGCUCUGUCAGGGGCUGUGAGUGAAGAGGGGCAGAUGCAGUGCUGCUACCAUCCAAAUCUCUUUAGACAGCUACUUUUUCCUGUGGAGGUGGGACCAUGUGUGAUCGGGUCCAGGAGGAGGUUGAUGAGAGGUGCUGCAGAGCGGUGGGAGCAGGAAUGAAGAGAGGUAGGUGGAAAGUGCAGUCAGAGCCUCAGCAGGGGCUUUGGAAGAGCAGUGGGGGUGCACAGAGACCAGGGUCUCUUCCCACCACA